AUGGCUGGGGUUAUCUCUCACCAAGCGCUGGCAUCUUCGCAAUCCCACUGGUGCCCUGCGAAGAACUCUAGAUUCGAAAAGAGGACGGGCAGUGUCCGCUUGGUUUAUGUAAAGGGAAGCUGUGGUUCAAGCAGCCGAAAACUGGGUUUGGUGUGGGCCUCGAGCUCGCAGUCUUCUGUCAUGGAGCCGAUGCACCUACCAUCGGAUGGCAACAGUGGCCACACCCCAAAGAAAUCAAGUGAAAGCGCUCUUAUAUUGAUUCGGCAUGGUGAAUCCCUGUGGAAUGAGAAAAAUCUGUUUACUGGCUGCGUUGAUGUACCCCUGACACCAAAGGGUGUUGAGGAGGCCAUUGAGGCAGGUAAAAGGAUAUGCAAUAUCCCAAUCGAUGUAAUAUAUACUUCAUCACUGAUUCGUGCUCAGAUGACCGCAAUGCUUGCCAUGAUGCAGCAUCGGCGCAAGAAGAUCCCAGUUAUCAUGCAUAAUGAGAGUGAACAAGCUCACAGGUGGAGUCAGAUAUACAGUGAGGAGACAAGGAAACAGUCCAUUCCAGUCAUAACAGCUUGGCAAUUGAAUGAACGGAUGUAUGGUGAGUUACAAGGCCUUAAUAAGCAAGAAACUGCAGAUCAAUUUGGCAAAGAACAAGUUCAUGAGUGGCGCCGCAGUUAUGAUAUCCCUCCCCCAAAUGGAGAAAGCCUAGAGAUGUGUGCUGAGAGAGCUGUUGCUUAUUUCAAAGACCAGAUUGUUCCACAACUUGUGGCUGGAAAACAUGUGAUGGUUGCUGCACAUGGGAAUUCACUUCGUUCAAUUAUAAUGCAUCUGGACAAAUUAACUUCUCAAGAGGUAAUAAGCCUUGAGCUGUCUACUGGCAUUCCCAUGCUUUACAUAUUCAAGGAAGGAAAGUUUAUUCGGCGUGGGAGCCCAGUAGGACCUUCGGAGGCCAGUGUUUAUGCUUAUACCAGGAUUGACCAAGACGAUAACAGUUCUGCUGGUCAAUAUCUGGAUGCUCACAAAGCUCAUGUAUUUGUGUUUUACAUGAUUCUAACCGUUGAACAAUUUAAUGAACCUCAGAAAGUUUUACUUAACCUUUGUGAAAUGUAA